AUGUUGCUUAAUGAACUCAUGCUUAUGAACGGAGAUGAUCCCGAUCCACCCGAUGAUGAUGGCAAUGAUCCUUGGACUGAUAUAGAAGACUUUGAUCGGGAUGGUGCCAUUCGACGAUUUGUUCAAAAACAUCGAGGAUUUCGUUAUGCAAGAAAACGUGAAACUCUUCGAAAGCAAUGGGAAGCCCUCGAAAACCAGAUCACCGCUGUCUAUCUUGAAAACAAAGUCACUAUGUUGAACUGGACCACAGAAACAUCAUACCUUGAUGUUAUAAGCCCGGACUGCCAGUGUGCCGCAGGUUUGUUUCAUAUUCGCAAGAUGGACUUAAUUGACAUUCUCGGACGAUCAAACUCUGUCCCGGUCCCUUUCUGUCCCUGCUUACCCGAACCCAUUCAGCUCAUAUAUCGAGGUUAUUUAGCCGCUUCACCCACGCAACCUCGCACCGCCUUUUCAAUUCCAUUAUUACAGCAACAUCACGACUUGUGGCUCACCUCGGUUACUGCGAGGUCAAGCUAUAUUGAAGGCCACCUCAACUUCCUCGACAAGCGGUCCUCUAGACCUCUUCUAGCUAAAGGAGGACAUGGCAAUAGGCGCAAUCUUGCACAACCAUUCACCAGCGCUACUCAUCUUUACACCCGGAUCACGGCUGUACUACCCGCUUAG